UAAAAGCAGACGGAUAAGCUAGUGUAAAGUGAUGUAGAAGUAAACAUAAUAUAUCGUUAAGUAUAAUAAAAAAAAUCAUUUGAAUUUAAACUGACUUACAGACACAGAGAAAGGGGCUAACAGACAUAUAGUAUUAGAGAGGCACAGACAAACGUAACAUCGUCAGAUUAACAUCAUAAAUCAUACGUACAGACAAACAAACAGUAACAGACGUAGAUCAAGACAUACAUACAUAUUUCGAGAUAUACAGAGUAACACACACACAAAUAGGACGGUUGGGGUAGAUAAGGUGAGCGAUAAGAGCUCAUCAAAUAGCACCCUGUUCACUGUCGUUCUGUAGUGGGAGACAGACAGACAGACAGAGCAAAUGACACACGUGGACAAUAGUCGAGCGGCAGUGUCUUGAAGAAAUUGUCAAAUGAUUGUGCCCUGGAUAGAAUUACCGUGGACUUAGGAGUAAUAUACUGGACACGGCAGCUUUUAAAACAGUCAAGUAGAGCGAGAGACAGACAAGAGUGCCGACAGAACAGACUGAAAACAGUCACAAUGAAUGAACUUCAGGUACGAUAAUAACAAACUGCUGUUCUCGUGCAAACAACUGCCAGGCUUGGGAAGUCACCAUGAAGUUACUGAAUGCAUCCACCAAGACUGACAUCGUGAAGCAACACCUGUGCCGGUCACCUGUGUUGGAUUCAGCAAAGACUUUUUCAUGUGUCACCGAUAGUGAGAAUGAUGAAUUGGAGCCUGGAGAACUGUUACUUCCUCAUCCACCUGUGAAGACCAGACAUUCUCAUUGCCUAUAUUGUGGUAUUGAAUGUUCUCACGCACAUUCCCCUGUGUUGAAAUACAAGCACCACUUUUUUCAGUGUGUCCAUGACUGUGUGAGUGAUAGCAACAGUAGCAAGAGAUCUUUUAGCUAUUUUCCAGAGCAUAACUCAUGUCACAAGUGUAAGGUAAUCGUAAGGCAAGACAAAGAUUCUUCCUAUUUGAGCACUCUUGAAAAAUGUAAUUCCCAGAAGACUGAUGUGCCAGAGAGCGAUGCUUGUGACCCAAGUGCUCAGUCCUGCAGUCUUCUUAGAUCAGUAAGAUGUAAUAGAACAUCACACACACCAAAAAUUUAUAACACUGUGCAAUCCCAUCUUGAUAAUGAGGAAAAGGUACUGAUUAAUAGGGACACCAAGUUUGAAAUAAGUAGAAAAAAUUACAAUACACAAGAUCAAUCAGUUAGAUUUCCACUUCUGAGGCUGCCUGUUGUUAAAAAUGAUGGCAGAGCUUCCAAGGCAAGAGUGCUUUCUCAGGGAACCCAAAACUGUGAAAGCUCAGCUAAGUCAUACCUCAAUUCUUUGGCCACUUUAGAGCUUCCGAUUGGUAAGGUCACCAGAGCUCAACAAUAUCUACCCCCAGAUGACAAACUUUUGGCUCUUCCAUUACUACAGCUUCCCCAUCAAGUGCAGCAACCUAACCACUACCAUUACAGGAAUAAAGGUAUACAAUAUGAUGAACCCAGCACCGGUCAGAACACUGAUUUACAAUUCUCAUUUAUGAAAAAACAUUUAAGUACUAACGUGAGGAAGAAAUAUAAUAAUUUUUUUUUCUGUCAAGAGGAACAUCGAUUUUUAGUUUCACUUGGGAAUAAACAUUUAGAUGUCAACUCCAAUGAACUGCCAAAUUUUAGUCUUCCAGCUACAAAGAAGAAAAGCCUGAAGACAGACUCACUAUCCAAGCAGUCAAGAAUGGAGGGUAUUGAGGUGGUUCGAGAGAUUGGCCGUGGGAGCUAUGGUUCUGUUUGGUUAGUCAGAAGGUCAAACAACCAAAAGAACCUGGUGCUCAAGUGUGUGGAACUGUCUCACUGUAAUCAACAAGAAGUGGAAGCUGCCAGACAAGAGGUUCUUAUCUUGGCAGGAUUGAGGCACCCCAACAUUGUUUCUUAUAAGGGUUCAUUUGAGCUGGAUCGUCGCCUUAAUCUUCUGAUGGGUUACUGUGAGGGAGGUGACCUCUUCACUCGUAUCCAGCAGCAACAUGGAUCACUGUUUCCUGAGCAGAAAAUUAUCCGUUGGUUCAUCCAAAUAACUAUGGCUCUGCAGUACCUUCAUUCACACAACAUACUCCAUCGAGAUCUCAAAACGCAGAAUAUUUUCCUCACACGGUCGGGACUCAUAAAGCUGGGUGACUUUGGCAUUGCACGGAUUCUGGGUUCUUCCAUAGAUAUGGCGACGACAAUGAUCGGAACUCCUUACUACAUGAGUCCAGAAUUAUUUGCUGGUCUACCAUACAACUAUAAGUCAGACAUGUGGGCCUUAGGAUGCUGUCUAUAUGAACUGGCAACUCUGAAACAUCCUUUUCCUGCUCGGGACAUCUCGGCCCUGAUAAACAGAAUAUCUCGUGGCAAGGUUGGAGAUGUGUCUAACCAUUACAGCGAGGACUUGCAGUGCUUAGUGCAGAGUCUUAUGAACCGCUCUCCUGGACUAAGACCCAGCACCUCACAAAUCCUUCUUCAGCCUUCCAUCCGUAAUCACAUCUCUGUCUUCUUGGACGAUACAACCAGUCCUGUCGGUGCCAAAAGCAAAGGUGAAAGACAUAAAAUUUUAACAGGUGUCUGUAAAGAAAAAAAAAGUGCAAGUGUAUUGAGUGGUGAAAAAACUGAGGAGUGUCUUCAUGACAGAAAACUGUGUGAUAUGAGGCAUGAGAAAUUAAGUGGUAAUGAAAAACAAAUUGAACCAAUAAAAUAUAAUCUGAAUGUAAAGAGAUGCUGUGAGUUUUUCCCAUCACAGUUUAAAUCAUUACAUAUUGCUGGAGACAAAAUGAAAUUGGAGGAUAGAUCUAAGGUAGAAAACAAGCCACACGGAACAAAAGAGUGUAAGUGUAAACGGCGAGAAAAACAGGAUUCCCCAGCUGUAGGUCACAUCGAUUCACAGUCACGAAGACGACGGCGAAGCAGUAAGAAAUCACCGGUCAUAGACAGUGGGGACCAUGAGAAAAUCAAUUUGCUUGUAAACUCAGAAACUGUAUUUACUGAGAACUCUGAUGUGGAUUACAGUUUGUCAACCCCACGUUCAUAUUCAGCUCGUGAGAGAAGAAGACAAAAAAGACUCCAAACAACUGAAACGAAAAGCUCAGAAUCUACUCUUGAACACAGACAUUUGAGUGAAAAACAGGAAUGCAUUGAGGAACAAUUGUAUGUUUCCAGUUCUAACAGUAGAUCUUCAACUUCUUUGGCCUCUAAUGGUGUUGAGGAAAACUUGUCUUCAGAUGAUCUUGACAUCGACUCCUCUGUAGAUAUUACACUCACACAUAAGUAUCAAGAAGAGGAUGAGUUUCUUCACUUAUUGAGCACAACCCUCAUGGAAGACUCCACAUGUGACAGUGAUGAAUCAUACACUAAUACUGAAGCUGGACCUGACAAACAGGAUAAUGGCAGUGGGCUGGAGGCAAAGAUGUCUCAGUUAGAGGAAACACUUGUUGAUGAAUUAGAAGAGGACAAAGCAAGGUCAGUGAUGCAUCUCUUGAGGCCAGAAUCUUGGGAAGGAUGGGAUGAGCAGCGGCAGGCAGUUCAGCAGUUGGUAGGGAAUGAAGUCUUCCCUUCUCUUGCCACCACCAUAUGGCACCUUAAACUCUGCUACACUUUUAAGCAACACUGAGUGAGGUUAUUCUUAGACAAUAACUAAUAAAUACCAGUUAAAGAAUUAGUUUUAUAUAUUUAAAUUGUUGUAAACUUAACUUGCAGGGAUAUUUAAGAAGAUUCUUCCAACAAUUAUGCUUCAAUAAAUCACUUGGAGUUUCUAGAUACCAAAGAGUACAUUCUAAGAAAAUCUCAUUAUUUUAUACUAAUUUUCUUCACUAAGCUUUAACUCUGUGCUGAAGUUAAAGGAGAUGAGAGUAGAAUAUUUGAAUAUUGUUAAUAGAUGUGCCAGAGCUAUAUUAGAAUACUCUAGUAUGUCAGAUUGUGGCAGUGAUUAGCACCUAAAGGUGCAACACUGGCUUAUAAAUAAUGGCUUUAUUUAUUGUCAGCAGAUGAUAACACUGGUAAUGCCUUUCACUGUCUUAUUGGUUAAUAUUGUGAAGAAGUCUAUUGUUGUUACCGGUAUGUUUUUCAGAUGAUAGUACAGUAUUGGUUAUUACUCUCUAAUACUCUAAAACAAUGGUUUCCAAACCUUAAAUUGCAUCACUCCCUGAACUCAGCCAAUCUUCCAUUGCACUUUGUCCCUGUCAUGAUUUUUAUCAUUUUCCGAUGGGAUAACGGGAAUAUCACAUUGCCUUUGCCUGCUUUUAAUAUAAUUUUUAAGUAUUAACUGAUAACAUUAAUUUUUUUAACAUUUUAAUUACAGUACUAGUAAUUUAUUUCUUUUUCUUUUUUGUGAAAUCAAUCACAUACUCUUAUUAAUGUAAUGUUUGAGCUUGCUUUUCAGUAGUUAUACAAUAAAAUAAAGAUUCUUUUUGUAAAAUGUU